UCUAGAAGGUGAUUGGGCCAGAUCUGGCCCCAUGGCCUUGGUUUGCCUACCCAUGUGCUAGAGCAAUAGUUUCCUAGCAACCAAGGUGUUAGCUGGGGAAAGGACAUUUGGAUGAUCCAGGAAGAGACUUGCUACUACGGAAUAACGUCAUCUACACCAUUCUUCCACAUAUGAGCAAGCCUGGUAAGGAGCAGGCCUAUUCAAAGAGAUUAGGGGCAGUAGAAAAUCCUGUUAGCAGCACAGAGUCAGUGGGAAAGGGAUCAUCCUUUAAUUGACAGCAUCUGCAAUGACACAAUUAACUUGACUGGCCUCUGGCUCCCACAGAUCGGUCCUGAAGAUUGAGAACCCACUCCAUCUGCUUUUGGCAGUGAUGUGUGAAUGUUCAGUAUACGCUUUGUCCAAUGCUAGUAAGCCGUGAAUGAGUCAUAUAUGGAGCUUUGCCUGCAAAAGUAUGAAUGUGGCUACAUAAACAUUAGCAUCUUGGACUGCAGCGAAAUCAUUCCCAGUCCCCCACUGGGGGCUUCAAGUCACAUUUGUACAUUGCGGUGCACACCAAAGAGAUGUCUUCGCCUGAUGCCCAUUACCUGAGUUGUUUCCCUGCAAAUGCAGCACCCCCUCAUCCGAACAACAACUUCCAUUUUCAAAUGGGAUGGAAGCAGGUGUGAGGGAAAACACUUCAGACUGCAGUAUUUCUCAAGAAGCAACAGGAUAGGUAUGGAUUGUGGCCAAUGUCAUGUGUGCUCACCUUCAAACACCAGCAGUGGGAGUAUGCUAGCGUUAGGAGUCAACAGUAAUGUGUACACAACCUCUUGCUAGCUAAGCUCUUUCUGCUCCAGGGCAGAUGUUCUCUCAUUUGGGUGGUGCCUCAGGUUGGGCUGCUUUUCUCUCCUGGUUUUUAGAACAACUCAGCCUCCCUAAUCCAAUUAGUUUACUGUGUUAUCAGCUAAUCCCUUUCCCAGCUUCUCAGAGGGUUGCAUUGUAGCAGGAUAGCCAAGGACCUUGUUCUAACUAGCAGUGACAAUAGAUGACAAGGGAAGCCUGCAACUCUUUCUGCUCUACCUACCUGCCCUCGGAGGAAGAACCACCCCCGGCAUAAGAGGCAACAGGACCAUGAUGGCAUCCACGACUCUUUAGCCUUUCUGCAGGUGGCAGGAUGCUGGGCUGGAUUGAGAAAGUCGUACCGCAACCUCCUGUCAGCUCCCCCAUCGCUGUAGUAGUGGGGAAAGACACACAGGCUGACCAAAUAGCUGUAGAAGCUGGGCCUGUAUCUGCAAGGCAGCUGACAGAAAGGAGUCCCAGGAGUGUUGCAGAAGGGUUCAAAGAACAUGCUCGUGAUUCUGUCUCAACAACAGACAGCCCUGGCCGAGGAGUCCUCACCUGGAUAUCUCAGGGCCUGGAGAAGGUGAUGCCACAGCCGGCACAGAACUCUCCUGUCAUGCUGCAAGCGGCUGCCAAGAGCUUUGAAGCUAGCAUUGAUAUCCCAGAUGUGGUGAGUAAGGGUGAUCCAUUUUGA